AAUGGAAUCAUCAGCCUAUGCAGAACCUGUUUCUGCAAGCGCUUUGAGCAUCUAAGCAGAAGCACAGCAGGGACAGGAACAGCCGUAUGUUAGCGGCAGGCUCCGUGUAUUUCUGCCGGCUUCUGUGGCACAAAACAAGUUUUCCUCUCUUUGUUUUCUGACUUUUUCCUCAAAUGUUGUUUGCUUUUAGUGUUCCUGCUGCUGAUGCAGAAAGUUUCCCUGCUGGAGAUUGAAGGUUUGGUGGGCGACACCGUCAUCUUGCCAUGCCUUAGCAGUGGUAAAGAGCUGCCAAAUAAAGUCACCGUAUUCUGGAGAUUCAGAGACAGCGGCACCGUGUACAACAUCAUCGACAGCAGAGCGUCGCUGGAUGACCAGGAUGCGCCGUUCAGAGGCCGAGUUGACAGCUUUCCAGACGAGUGGACUAAAGGAAACUUCUCCAUCAAACUCAGCGGUGUGAAGAAGACGGAUGGAGGAAUGUACACUUGCCUCAUUCUUGAAGUCAACAUUCAAACAACAGUAUACCUGACUGUUAAUGAGACACUGAGACCUUCUGCAGCACCAUCUGAGAUGAAGAGCGCAAACGUUCAAAUGAGACCAGACAACCUUCUGCUUUUUUCCACACUUCUGUUGGUGUUUAUUUUUUUGUACUUUUUUUCUUAAAUAUAACAGUUUGUCCUUGCAUUAAAAAAAAAGCUGUAAAAUGAUCCAAAAUGCACACUGCACACAAAUUAAGCAUUAAUUAUUAAUUAAACAUUAAUUUAAUUUCAAUAAAACAACAGAUUUUGUGUGUUUUCUGUGUUUGCUGGUCAUGUAGUUAGCGUAUUUGAGUUCCAUUCAAAAUGAGCUAAUAUUGUCUCUUCUGUAACAGUCACUAAUGAGACAUUUGGUAAAGCUUUUGUUU